AUGGCUGAACCUUUACCUCAAGGCUGGGAAAUGCGUUACGCUCCUGAUAACCGUCCUUAUUUCAUCAAUCAUGCUACUCAAACUACCACUUGGGAAGACCCUCGACAAAAGAGUCAAUACCCUCCUGGUCCUCCUUCUUAUGGUAACUAUCCUUCUCCUCAACAACAACAACAACAACAACCUUAUGGAUAUCCUCCUCAACAACAACAACAACCUUAUGGUUAUCCUCCUCAACAACAACAACCUUAUGGCCAACCUCAAUAUCCUCCACAACAACAACAGCCUUAUGGUCAACCUCCCUCUCAAUAUCCUCCUCAACAACAACCUUAUGGUCAACCUCCUUCUCAAUAUCCUCCUCCACCUCAACAACAACCUUAUGGUCAACCACCUUCUCAGUACCCACCUCAUCAAGAUGAAGGUGAACGUGGUUCAUAUGGUGGUAAUCCUCAACAACCUCCUCCUCCUCAACAAGAAGGUGGAUAUCCUUCUGGUCCUACUCCUCCAGCUAAGAAAAAUCCUCUUGGUAAAAUGUCCAAUGGUAUGAAGAUGGCUGCUGGUGCUCUUGGUGGUCUUGCUAUGGGUGGUGCUUUGGCCUAUGGUAUUCAUGAAUAUAAGGAACAUGAAGAACGUGAAGAAGAACAACAAGCUCGUUUGGAUCAUUUGGAACAAGAAAAUAGACGCCAGGAACAAGAAAUUCAUCAAUUGGAACAUUCUGGUGGUGGUGGUUAUGGUGGCUAUGGUGGUUACGGUGGUUAUGGUGAUCGUGGCAUUAGUAGUGGAUAUGGUGAUGAUGAUGAACAACGUCGUUUGGAUGAAGAACAACGUCGUUUGGAUCAAGAACAACGUGAAAAGGAUGAGGAACAACGUCGCUUGGAUGAAGAACAACGUCGUUUGGAUGAAGGUGGUUAUGAUGAAUAUCGUCAACGUGAAUUGGAUGAAGAACAACGUCGUUUGGAUGAAGAACAACGUCAAUUGGAUCGACAACAAGAAUGGCAAGAUGAUCGUCAAGAAGAAUAUGAAGAACAAGAAGAAUCCUCUUGGUUCUAGAAAAAAAAAAAAACAACUUUAUUCCCUCUUUUGUCCUUUCAAUCACACAUUCUUCCAUAAUGUACACAACUUUUAUAUAUAUACAUCAAUAAAGAUCUUGUUUUUUUUUUCUCCAUUACUA